AUGAGAUUCAGAUCUCUCAUCUCUCUCCUCUUCCUUCUCUUCUUCACUUCACCAUCCUACGCCCGAUUCGUCUCCUUACAUCCAUCUUCCCCUGAUCUCAUCAUCUCCGAUGGACUCCACGGCGGGAGUCUCGGCUCCGGAACCGUUAUCAAGACAGUGGUCUCUUCUCCUCCGGCUGAGGAGAAAGAGGAAGCUUGUGAACAGACAUACGGGUUCAUGCCGUGUACUAAGACCGCGCUUGGGAACGUGUUUCUGAUCUUGGUUUAUGGGUUUCUCAUGUUCACGGCGGCCACUUAUCUCUCUGCUGGAAGUGAGCUUUUGCUAGAGAUCUUGGGACCUGGAAUUGUCGGUGGUUUGUUUCUUCCGAUGCUUGGAGCACUUCCUGAUGCUAUGCUUAUUAUGGUGUCUGGACUAUCAGGAGACGCGGCAACUGCACAAACCCAAGUCUCUGUGGGAAUGGGUUUACUCGCUGGCUCCACCGUUAUGCUUCUCACUGUUAUCUGGGGAACUUGCACUGUUGUUGGCAAGUGUGACCUUCGUGAUUCCAUUGCUGUUAACAACCAAGACACCAAAGGCUUCCAUCUUAAAGAUUCUGGUGUAACGGUUGAUGUUUGGACCAGCUAUGCUGCAAGAAUAAUGGCUAUAUCGGUUAUUCCGUUCAUCAUUGUCCAGCUUCCACAGAUGUUGGACUCAACUUCUGGUAGACAUUUGGCUGUAUUGGUUGCUCUGAUCCUCUCUGUUACAAUGUUGAUCUCUUACUGUGUGUAUCAGGUCUUCCAACCAUGGAUCCAAAGGAGAAGGCUCGCAUUUGUCAAGCACAAGCACGUUAUAUCAGGAAUCUUAAAGCACUUGAAACAACAUGCUUUGGGAAGGCUUCUUGAUGAUGAAGGUCAGCCUGAUGAACAUGUCAUCCGAAAGUUGUUUGAGACGAUUGAUGCAAACAAGGACGGACACUUAUCAGCAGCUGAGCUUAAGGCGCUUAUCAUUGGGAUCAGCUUUGAGGAUAUCGAUUUUGACAAGGAUGAUGCUGUUGGAAAAGUUCUUCAAGAUUUCGACAAGACUCUUGAUGACCAAGUUGAUCAAGAAGAGUUUGUCCGUGGGAUUAAGCUUUGGCUUAUCCAGGCAAUGGGAGCUGCUGGUCCAUCUGGUCCUGAUGCUGGUCCUAGAACUAUGAAGUUCCUUGACCACUUCCAUGUGGUAAGAAAGAGAGAGGAGAGACACUGUUGUUACCCUAUUUCAAACUUCUAUGGAACUAACUUUUUGUGUCUUGUGCAGCAAACAAAGAGAGAGCAUGCUCUGUUGGGUGAUACUGAGAAUGGUGAGAAUGAUGAGGAGUCAGGGGAGGUUGCAGACCCGAAAUGGAUCACCAUUAAAGCAGCUCUGUUGCUACUUUUAGGAGCAGCCAUUGCAGCUGCAUUUGCUGAUCCUUUGGUGGAUACAGUUAACAACUUCUCAGCAGCUACAGGGAUCCCAUCUUUCUUCAUUUCUUUUAUCGCUUUGCCUUUAGCAACCAACUCAAGUGAAGCAGUCUCUGCCAUCAUCUUCGCCUCCCGCAAAAAGAUCAGAACCGCCUCCUUAACUUUCUCCGAGCUAUGUGGUGGAGUGACAAUGAACAACAUUCUGUGUCUCUCGGUGUUUUUAGCAAUAGUCUACGUUAGAGGAUUAACAUGGAACUUCUCAUCAGAAGUGUUGGUGAUUCUCAUAGUUUGUAUGGUGAUGGGAGGUUUGGCUAGCUUCCGCACAACGUAUCCGCUUUGGACAUGUUUCAUAGCAUACUUGCUUUACCCAUUCUCUUUGGGUCUGGUCUAUAUUCUCGACUACUGUUUUGGCUGGUCAUAGGUCAAAGGGUUUGUUCACAUGAGUGAGCUUGUUCUUGUGUGUAUCCUUUUCUUUUCUCUCUUUAUGUUAUGUUAUGUAUGUGAGAGUGUAGAAGAAGCUUGCAGUUAAAGUUCUGAGAUUGUUCAGUGAUGAUGUGUUUGAAACACUCUUAUUAAAGCUAAUAAUAUGUCUUCUUCUCCUACUACUAUUGGAUGUUAUUAUUUUACUAUUGGAGACUCUUAUUGACCAAUUCACUUGUAAUCUCAUUUUAGACUGUCAUUAAUUUUCAAAAAGAGAACAAAGAUAAGAUGAAAC